AUGCCUCCUACCGCCGCCCUCAAUACCCUCCUGGACGCGAAUGGCGUUCCCAUCACGGCCACGCGUCUCCAGCAGCUCUUCGCCGACGCGGACGCCGUGCAGACACAGUUUCGUACGGUCGUCGCUGCGCUCGCGUCGCCUAUGAUCCUCAACGGGAACGGUGCCCCGACCAGUUCGAGCCCCUUUACCGAGUCCUCCUGGUCCUCGCUGGACGCUGCCGGCGACAACUUCGACGAUGCAUGCGAGUGUUAUGGAGCGCCUGAAGUGGUACCUUCGUCGAUUCAGGACAACCCCGAGAUCAACGACAAUGUCCGCCAGUACCACGGAGCGCCGGAUGUGACAUCAUGCUCCUCGACAGGCGCACGCCCCCGUCGCAAAAACAUCUUUGCGCCCCGAACCCCGCCAACUCGCCUCGAAGACUCUGGGCGUUCAUCUCCCAUGUCUAUGACGACAGUAGGCUCCGGGCACAUCGGAGAUCUGACGACAACACCAAUCCCCAUUGCAUUGGGCAGUCGGCGACCCCGGAAUAUUUUUGCCCCGGUCACGCCCCCCGCACCCCAGCCCUCCCACGAGCACUCCUCACCGAUGUCAAUGACAACGGUGAACAGCGGGCACAUCGUAGUGAGCGACCGCGCAGAGGUGCGCUUGCCCCUGCUGACACGACUCCGCCUGGCUGCUCAGGACUCGGAUGGUGUGCUUCAGCAGUCGGAAGUGCCAGGGAUCGAGGAGGAGGACGAGGAAGACGUGACUAGUUCCAGCGUCGAGACUGCCGCGGUGACAAAGUCUGCGGCUCACGAGGGCAUCUACCAAGCACUGAUGACGGGAACCUGCAUGGAUGCCCAGUACCGUUCGAUCCGUCAGCCCGAUGCCGUAAACGAGAUUGCCGGCGAGCGGGGCUUGGCUGAGGGGGGGGCUUCCGUUCCCGCGGCAUCUGCUGCUGGCUACCGCUCCGCCCGAAGCUUCUUCAGUGCGUCGACGACUACGAAUCGUGCAGUCCCCGUUCUCGACCACCUUCUCGCCCGAGAGUCUUCGAGUUUGCGUUUCUAG